CUCCCCGCUGUGUGUACGCGUGGUGAGCGGCGCGUGAGGUAGUGAAGCUCCCACGCCCUGGUGCUACUACAGCAGUGACAUGUGUUAAACAAGAUACCUGGUGAAGAGGUUGCCUAGAGUCAAGUGUAAACUAGUGUGUGUAAGUGUAAAGCAAUAACAGUGACAACAAUAAUGCUUCAGGGUACCAUGUUAACGACAGUGAUGGUGGCGAUGGUGCUCGUGGCACUCCUGGGACACAGUGCCACUGGGGCCGCCUUACAACAACAGCAUCAACACCGUCACCAACGAAGACGGGACCACGUAGCCCACCUACAGGAUACCGUCGACCGCCUCCUCCUUCAGCAGAAAAUAGACCGUAUACUCCUCGAUAACCUGCAGAAGGCGGUGCACGAUAUUCAAAAUAGUAAAAUUAGCGUUGGUGGAGGGUCACACGACGCCCCAACUGAAGCAGAGUCCACCUUCUCAGCCUCCAUCAAGGUGGUGGAGGCGGAAGGACUCGCCCUGGCUACCCUAGGGGAGAGGGUGAAGGAGAUGAGAGGGACAAUGACGGAGGCGAUACAGUCAGAGGAACACCGUGACGACAUGACCCAGCUGAGACAGGAGCUCUCCUACCUCAGGUCAGAGGUCCAAAGGUUGAAGGCGACGAGAGCCUCUGAGGGUGAAGCCAGCGCCGCUCACGUCCAGGCUCAGGAGCAGAGAGAGUCUGUGACGGCGGCGUGGGCGGUGGAUAACGUCCGUCGUCUUCAGGAUUCUGUGGCUGAGCUGCAACAGUCACUCAACGUCACCCAGGCCUUCCAUGACAAACAGGAGGUUGAGUCCCGCUUGCUGGUGCUGACGAAGGACGUGAGUGCCCUCAGAGGGACCCUGGCGGCCGUGACCUCCAAAGCGGAGGCUGCGGCAGCCACGUCAACGGCACUACAGGAGGAACUGACCAGGAUGGCAGACGACCAACACCGCAUGGCUGGCCAGGUCGGAGCCUUGAGCACUGAGGUGACUUCUAUCCGUGAGGACUUCAACGACCUUCUGAAGGCUCUGCCGGAAGGGACCGUGGCGGGCACCCCUGUGUCGUCUUCCCCACCAGGAGACAAGAAGGCUGUGGGAGGCGCUACAGAAGGUGUGGUGGCGGCGGUGGCUCGUGCCUCACAGGGUCGUCAGGCAAAGCGCAUCUCCGCCCUGGAGCAGCGCGCAGACAGCUUCGACUUUGCUCUCACUCGCUCCCAAAAGAAGUUGUCGUCGUUGUCUCCUGGCUCAGGGAGUGACGAACGACUGGCUGAGGUGGCUGAGGCAGAGCGACAACUGGAGACUAAAGUGGAGGCCGCGACGACAGGCGUUGGGGAGGUGAAGUCGUCCUCCGUCAAGUUACUUGCCGCCCUCGAGGAUCUAGAGGCCAGGCUGGAGAAAGAGGUAACGGAGAUGAAGCAGGAGGUAGCUAAGUUGGAAUUCACAGUGGCCCAGUCAGCGGCGGAGAGACAGAAUGGUGAAGACGACGCCCGCGUAGCUCACGACGACACCUCCGCCCUACGAACAGACUUGCAGGCUGUAUCCAGACGCCUAGACCAACUCAACCUCAAGACGGCUGCUAUAGAGGGACGCAAACUCGACGACGAGGUUUCUGUUGCCCAAUGUCGCACGCAACAACUAACCCUCGACCUCAGAAUGAACGACACUUUAGAACGCUUACAGCAUGUUGAGGAACGUUUACGUCGUUCUCACGCUCAAGGUGGACACAGUCAUUACCUCAGGCCGUGGAGGGACUCGGUUGACGAUACUUUGAGGGAGGUGAAGAGAAAGCGUCGCGACCUGUCACCGAGUGGCUAGUGCCAGAAGGGAGGGUGAGGACGGGGCGGGGAGCUGUGUGCCUUCCAUAUCAACCCCAUACACAUACAACCUCACAGUACUGCUAUUAACACAGAAAAAACCUUUGACACAGAUUAAUCUAGCCCCAAUGUCUGUCUCUGUGUCGUCUGCACCUACAACACAACUACUCGCAUAACCUUUUAGUGCCUGUUAUUUGUACAAGAAAAAAGAGGAAAAAUUCUUCAUAUACUCUGUCGCAGCUCUGUACUACACCAGCUCUACCGAUCGUCUCCUUACUUCACUUACUUAUUGAGUUACCAAACACACUGUCCCUCUCUUCCCCCUGUACCUCUCGACCUUUCCCCUCCAUCAAGUUGUCCCUUAGUUAUCCCUCCUCUCCUUACGUCUUCCUGCUACCUCCACUUUUUCCCCACCGCUUCCCGCCACGGCCCUCCUACCUUCUUCACUGUCCUCCACAGCUUUCCCACAGCUUCCACUGCCCUCCCUCCCUCCUUCACCUCUUCAACGUAGUGCCUGAAUGAACGUUUUGGUCAUCAGUUCCUAGUCACAGGAGAAAAAGGAUGAAAUAUAUAUAAUUAUUAAAUUGAAUGAAGAUUUAUGUAAAGAUGCGUCUUUUUUAACUUAGCUUGAGUCCCCCAAAGAACUUUGUUUCAACACUAUUUAUAUGUAACAACUUUGAAGAGUGAUUUAACUUCUUAAGUAGGAUUCUAAGUAGUAUUUUGUUACUUUAAGUAGUCGAGAAGUAUCCCCAAUCAGUGCUCCAUAUUAUGCCUCUGUUGAUAUAAUCAUAGAUGACGACAGAUAGAGUAAGUAUAAUCAGGUGAAGAAGAUUGUGUUUCACUGGCUCACAGAAGCUACGACUAACACUGUCACAACGCCAUGAAACAAAUGUGGUUUUUGGGGAAGUUCAAGCUCAAUAAUAGUGUAUAUGACGGUAGAAUUAAACCAGUAUUAUAUGCCAAUUACAUGUAAACCAUUGUAGUCCCGUGUCCAAUGUCCAAUGUGUCCACUGUAUAUUGUGUGCGUUGUCCAUUGUGCCCAAUGUCUAAUUCUAACGUCUAAUAAAUUCAGUAUUGUCCAGAGCCUAUUGGGUCCAAUGUUUAUCGCGUUCAAUGUCAGGUGUACCCAGUGUCUAUUGUGUCCAAUAUUCAAUGUCUAAUGUCCAUUGUGUUAUGUGUGUAAGACACAUUAUCUCUGAUCUCGAACAAGAAUUAUAUAGCUAAAGACCCACCUCCAGGGGAAACAGCGGCGACUCACAGGGAAACUAACGUAAAAUAUAUAUUAUUUUAUUGCCAUAUAAAUUAGGAUGGUUAUAAACUAAACUAAAUUCUACUUACUCCUACGGUCCUUAGCGACUGAUACAAUUCUGUGUAAGGUGAUUGUCUAGAAUUUUGAGUUGCAACUAAUCAACUUCAAGAAAUUGUGAUGGUUGCUAAGGACUUCAAGAGUGGGUGGAUCUUAGCUGGUAAAUCGAUUGGUUUAGGUCCUCCAGGACCCCCUUCAAUGUGUCCUACAAGUUGGAUUUUCCUGACUGUGGCCCAGAGUGCUUCUCCUGCUGGUGGUGGUGACGGGUGUUGCCUGAAGUGUCUUGGUGGUGUAACAGCAGCAGUAAGCUACAAAAGACUGUCUGUCUCGGUCCUUGUACAUAGUGUAUAUAUCUACGUUCCCUGUACAGAAUAUUUUUAUAUGUUGAAUAAAAUUGAUCGUGGUUGA